AUGACAACAAUUAGCAUAAUUCCAUUUUGCAUAGUCGUUUUUGCUCUUUGUCUCGUUGAUGCCAAAUUGGAUGAGGGGGCUUAUUCAAGAGAUGGGAGUUUUAAAAUGUUUUCUAAGGGUUUUGUUCCUCCAUCCGGGCAAUCUCCACCAAUUCAUAAUCCUCCACCACUUAGUCAUUUUGAAAAGUUUGAUAAGGGCAAUGUUCCUCCAUCUGGACAAAGUCCACCUAUUCAUAAUCCUUCGCUAAGAGAUGAGAGUUUUAGAAUGCUUUCCAAAAGCUUUGUUCCUCCAUCGGGACAAUCUCCACCGAUUCAUAAUCCUCCACCACUUGGUCAUUUUAGGAUGUUACCUAAGGGCAAUAUUCCUCCAUCUGGAGGAAAUCCACCUAUUCAUAAUCCUCCGCCACCAGCAUUAAGAGAUGAGAGUUUCAGAAUGCUUUCUAAGGGCUUUGUUCCUCCAUCUGGACAAUCUCCACCGAUUCAUAAUCCUCCACCACUUGGUCAUUUUAGGAUGUUACCUAAGGGCAAUGUUCCUCCAUCUGGAGGAAAUCCACCUAUUCAUAAUCCUCCGCCGCCAGCAUUAAGAGAUGAGAGUUUCAGAAUGCUUUCUAAGGGCUUUGUUCCUCCAUCUGGACAAUCUCCACCGAUUCAUAAUCCUCCACCACUUGGUCAUUUUGGGAUGUUACCUAAGGGCAAUGUUCCUCCAUCUGGAGGAAAUCCACCUAUUCAUAAUCCUCCGCCACCAGCAUUAAGAGAUGAGAGUUUUAGAAUGCUUUCUAAGGGCUUUGUUCCUCCAUCUGGACAAUCUCCACCGAUUCAUAAUCCUCCACUAUUUGGUCAUUUUGGGAUGUUACCUAAGGGCAAUGUUCCUCCAUCUGGAGGAAAUCCACCUAUUCAUAAUCCUCCGCCACCAGCAUUAAGAGAUGAGAGUUUUAGAAUGCUUUCUAAGGGUUUUGUUCCUCCAUCUGGACAAUCUGGACAAUCUCCACCGAUUCAUAAUCCUCCACCACUUGGUCAUUUUGGGAUGUUACCUAAGGGCAAUGUUCCUCCAUCUGGAGGAAAUCCACCUAUUCAUAAUCCUCCGCCACCAGCAUUAAGAGAUGAGAGUUUUAGAAUGCUUUCUAAGGGUUUUGUUCCUCCAUCUGGACAAUCUCCGCCUAUUCAUAAUCCUCCACCACUUAAUCAUUAG